CUGUCGUACUGGGUGCUCUCGGUGAUCCAUACGAUCUUAGCCACGCUCCUGAUCGUGUCUCGAGUGUUGAUUGUCCGAUGGCGGACAAAGGACCUGUUAGGUGAAUCUCAGUCGGCACUAUAUGUUAGCGUCGCGACCAUGAUGGUCGAAUCGUCGUCUCUCUACUCUGCUACAGUGCUAACCUUCUUGGUUGCGUACGUUUUACACCACCCGGCGCAGUACAUC